UAGUCGCUCCCUUAUUAUCCUGUAUCCGUUAGCGCGCGUUCAACGGCUUGGCAUUUGCGCUAAACUGCAAAACAUAUUCGAUUUAUAAAUCAUGUAGUCCGCAAUUUGAUUUCAAAAAUGAAUGGGAAAUCAGUGCAUAUGUACAAGUUCAACUUCUACGCUGUACUUACAAGUCGCGCAAAAACGUAUGUGAAAAUUUCCCCACUGUUGGAUCGCUUUUACAUGAACAACAAUAUUUCAGGAAAUAAGUUGAUCGGCGAACUGAUUUCCUCUUUCGACGGUCGACCGUAGUGUCGAGCUGCAAAGCGACAACAUGACGCUUUUAGACUGUCUUGAAUCCGGAGUGGACUUCAUUGAAUUCUUGGGGGACAGAAGAUCCACUAGCAGAAGCAAAAACGAACUUAGAUGCAUCUACAACUCAGAAUUUAAGCCCAGAGAAGGAAUAAAGGACCAAAACUUUUCCAGUGUUCUCUAUGCUCUUGUGAAAUUCAAAAAAGUCUACAUAAGGCAGGGAUACGUCUUCAUAAAUGUCAGACCUCAGGUUCGAGUUUACUGUGACCAGUGGAGGAGACCCCGGGCCCCUCAGCCUCCACACACCUCCAGCCCCGAUAAGACAGCUACAACACCUGCAGCCUCCACCAACCCCCUGAACCCUGUGCUGACCUCAAAGAAAAAGCUAGCCAUGGAAGUCCUUAACCAGUUAAAGGUUAACAGGACAAGGUUGACAGCUGACAAAGGGGGCAUUGAGAUCACUUCAGACCCUGUUGCAAGUGAAGGAAAGGUCAGGUUCACUGUAGACCGUUUGAGGGAGUCUUUCAUCGUCAGAUUCAAAAUCCUGAACAAUGGCCCAAACUAUAUUAACUUCACCUGCUACACUGCCCUGCACAAGAUUCGCUGUUUCACUCUGGAGGAUGAGAGGAUAGUGUCUAGAGCCCGUCCUGUCUUUCUCUGUCCUGGUGAAAGCUAUGAAGUGAUGGUUCGAUACACACUCAGCCACUAUGGAUAUUUCCCAGCCACCAUGUACUUUGAGUUCUGCCCAGAUCCAAGCAAUGUGCCGUUCUGCAUCGUCAGAGAGAUAGAGGCGUUUGCCAGGAACCCGUUGGCUGAAGAGCUUGGACCUGUGGCUCCUUUUAAAGCAUUUCAAAUGGCUGUUUACAAGCCUGUUGAAACUGUGAUAGUGGAAGGAGUGCCCCCUGAGAGUUCUGUUUCACAGAAUCGCAGGAUGACAGUGAAAUUAGGAGACUACAACUACCCUAAUUACCUGAAGGAGCUGGCUAAACAACGGAUGGAGGACACGCAGUAUCUCUCUGAAAAUGCAAGGGAGAAACUCUCAUCAGUGAAAGGUCUCCUCAACUCUGGUCUUAAGAUGAAGACAUAUUCUUCUCAGUUCCACCUCCUGCUGCACCUGGAGGAGCUACAGUCAGAGGUGGACAUCAGGAUGUACGACCUCCGUGAUCAAACCAUGGCGAGAGACCCAUCCAACAAACAUCUGCUUAUACUCACAGUUCCUGGUGUUGCUGAAAAUCGACCAUCUGUACUAAAAGGAGAUGUUAUAAUGGUGUCUAACGUUGAAGACACAGUCCAGCCAAUCACCAAAUACCGCGGAUAUGUGCACCGAGUAGAGCUGGAGAGCGUGAAGCUGGGCUUCAACAAGAAGUUCCUGCAGACUUUUGACAGCACCAUGAAGUUUAAUGUAGAGUUUACAAUCAGCAGGUUAACCUUGAGGCUGCAGCAUCGUGCAGUGGACUUGGCAGCUAAACAUCAGCUGAACAAGGUGUUGUUCCCAUCUGAAGCAGCAGCAGCUAACCUCUCCUUGCCAAAACUCAGCAUGUGCAAUCACCUGCUGGAAAACAACCCAGAGCAAUCUUCUGCUGUCCAGCACAUCGUGGCUGGAUCAUCAAAGCCUGCUCCUUACCUUGUUUUUGGACCUCCUGGAACUGGAAAGACAAUCACGCUGGUCGAGGCUAUGACUCAGAUCAGCAUGGCACAACAGUCAGCCUACAUCCUGGCCUGUGCCCCCUCCAACAGUGCCUGUGACCUCCUCUGUGAGAGACUGAUGGCCUACAUGGAUAAAAACCAGGUGUACCGCCUCUACGCCAUCAGCAGAGACCCCAGAACGGUCCCCAAAAAUCUCCUGAAACACUGUAAUUUGGACCCAGCUCAAGAUGCUUUUGUGUAUCCAGAAAAAUCUUUCCUGAUGAAAUAUAAAGUCAUUGUUACAACUAUGUACACCGCAGGAAGACUGGUGUCUGAAGGAAUCCAUGUUGGUUAUUAUACCCACAUCUUCCUGGAUGAGGCCGGCCAAGCAGCGGAGUCGGAGUGCGUCAUUGCUAUUGCAGGUCUGCUCAGUGCAGGAGAGGGUCAGCUGGUGCUUGCAGGAGACCCCAAACAGCUGGGACCGAUAAUUCGAUCACGUCUGGCUCUGGAGCACGGACUCGGACUUUCUCUGCUUGAGAGACUGAUGACGCAGAACGAUUUAUAUAAGGAAAGAAAAGAGACUGGACACUUUGACAGCCGCUUUGUCACCAAACUCCUGCGCAACUACAGGUCACACACUGCCAUUCUGAAAAUCCCCAAUGAGAAGUUCUAUAAUAAUGAGCUGCAGGUGUGUGCUAACAAGUCAGAGCGUGAAGCCUACUGCAACUGGGACGGCCUUCCCAAAAAGGGUUUCCCACUGAUCUACCACGGAGUGAUGGGGAAAGACCAGAGAGAGUCCAACAGUCCGUCUUUCUUCAAUGUGUCUGAGAUCGAAGUUCUGAUGGAGUACCUUAAAAACCUGAUGGGCAUCCCAGGAAAGAAGAAUCUCCCCAAAGUCUCUGCAAAAGACAUUGGCAUCAUCGCCCCCUACAGAAAGCAAGUGGAGAAAAUCCGAAAGGCUCUGAACUCCUGCUCGUCUCUGGGCCGGCUGGGUGAUCUCACGCAGCUUAAGGUGGGGUGUGUUGAGGAGUUUCAGGGACAAGAGAGGAAGAUCAUUAUUAUCUCUACUGUCCGCAGCAGCACUAGCUAUGUCAAGAUGGACCAAGACUACAACAUCGGAUUCCUGUCUAAUGACAAGAGACUGAACGUGGCCCUGACCAGAGCAAAGUCCCUACUGAUAGUGGUGGGAAACCCUGUGAUCUUCAACAAGGACCCCACCUGGAGGGAGUUCAUCAGCUACUGUGUGCAGGAGGGAGGUUACACUGGAUUUGACUUUAAUGACGCAGAGGGAGAGGACGAGGUUGUUUCACGGAUAAUGACCUUGAAAAUCCACGUGGAUCAUGAAAACCCUGUGUCAGAGGAGAGUUCCCUCCAGAUGUGUGUGGACCCUGCAUUGAAAAAUGGGCCUUAAAAUUUCCAUUGACUAACUGCAUAAAGCAAAAGACCACUUUCAAUGAAAUCUUAAACAUUUAAAUUAGGGCUGUCAGCAUUAAUGCAUUAAUUACUUUGAAGUUAAGAUCCAAAAUAAGUGCAUUCAAUUUUUUAGUAGCAUGCUUUAUUGUCCUUUUCAGAACAGACAGUGGACAAGUCAAAGGUUUGUUAUCAAACAUUUCCUUUUUUACUGUUCCCUUACUUCCUUUCAAUCCAUAACAAGCUCCUUUUUCCAUCAUUAAAUUCAUGUCAUAAUCUUUAUUCUUAGUUCUUUAUUUUCUUUCAGAAUAAAAGCAGGUCUUUAUCUUAACAGGUCAUUUAAGACACAAAAGUUCAAAAUAAAAUUGAAAUAGUUUUAAAUGCAAAUCAGUGGAAUUGCAACAUGCAACCAAACCGGAGAUUAUGUGAUUAAAUAUUUCCGUCAUUUGACAGCCCUAAUUUGAAUGCACAUAAAACAAGUGUCUUUACCCCAUUUAUACAGUGCAUUAACAGGGAUUUAUAUCUUUUUUGGGCCUUCAGAUACCAAGUGGUAGUCAUUAUUGCACUGUGUUUUUAGGAAGACAGUCUGGCUGCAGACCACGGCUCACUGACAAUCUUGUUUUUAUGACAAUCUUUAAGCCUUUUAAACCAAAAGCAACUAACCUGACCAGCAAAGCCUAUUACAAAAUGUUUAGUGUAACUGACUAAACGGUUUGUAUUUACAGAAAAAGCGUCAUCCUCAAUUUAAAAAGAACACUAGCACAGCUAAUGUAGCUACUGCUAGCUGCUUUUCUUGUAACUACUUCUAAAACCAUAAAUAAGUUGUAUGUGCAAAUUACAGUACUUCCGUCCUAACAGAAGGGAUUUUUCACUGUGGUUGUCUUCAGGAGGGGGUGUCUGAAAGCAGCCCCCCCCCCCCUUUCUAGAGAUCUUGAUUAUUUCUAUAAACUCAGGAGUAAGAGCCAGUCUUUAAGCUCCUUAAAGGCUCUUUAUUUGGUACAAUUUUGCCUUUUUUUAUGUCUCCAAAACAAAUAAGGGAAAUAAAAUAACUCGUCUCCAUAACAGGAGUCUGCUCCCAUCUUUUAUAAAGGGAGCCAGCUUUUAGAAUCAACUCGUCUGUGAACACAUCACAACUCCCCCGUAACUUCUCAUUUUGACAAGUUUUCAUUUCAAUUUAACCACAAGCUUUAUUUGUUAAAUAGUUUAUCACUGUGCCUUUUAAAAGCAUGUUGAUGACAAAAUGAGGGAGAAAAGCUGUUAAAGCUGCUGUUAGCUUGUGGCUGAUUUAACCCAGUCAUUUGUAUUUCCAGUGGCUUCACUGCACACGGCAUGCAGAGAUACUAAGCUACAGUUAAAGAGCCACAGAAAUGAUGUAUGGUGGGCUAGUGAAGACAAUUUGUUAAUUCGUAGCAUGGAUGCACGUACUAGAGUGCAGUCACUUGGUAUCUGAAUGCUUAAAGUGCAUCAUUACAUUUUUUCAUAUUUUAUUUCUUCUCUUCCAGCUUUCUACACCAUACUAGCAUCUAUCAUGGCAGAAUUUAUCCUGAUUUUCUAAGAGCAGUUUGCAUCUUUAGGUGCAGCACUCUGUUUAUGAUGAUCAUGCAUUUUUACUUUGUCUCUUCUUGUUGAUAAAGCUGCAGCAAAACCACUUAGCAUGAACAUCUCUGCACACAACCGCAGUCGUUUUCUCAUAGAUAUUGGAAGUAGUUUGUUUUACCUCUCAGGAACUGAUCACCGGUUGUCUUACUGCUGUUUGCUUUCAAACAUGUGAACAUCUUAAAACUGUCAUGUAUUCCUUAAAGACUGCAGCAAAGGCUAACUGAAAAAUAA